CCUCACAGUAUCAUACCAAGUUACAGGCAACAUCUCAACCAGGUGAUAAAGUCAAACCCCUUUAUGAAUGCAAGAAAAGCCAAACAACCAUAUUCUCAAAUUACAUUUGAGACAAUCCAGCCUCUUUUCCAUACAAUGGUAUUGUGGAAAUUGAUGCAUUAUCUGUGAAUAAGAAGAUUUAGAGCAGCUUUGCUGAGGAUGAAUGGAGUCUAAAGGAGAUGGAUGAAAAUGAGUCCACAACAGUGUGUCGCAAACAGCAUUGACCUUCAAUCUACCAGAAGUGGACCGGUGACCAGGCCUGCAGAGAAAAAGAAGAUGAAGUCCAUAGUACCAAGAAGAAAACCUAUUAAAGCUUUCAGCAAAACCAGACAAAGCGAUGAGUAUGAGGCAUGCCAUGUAUCCAAAAAUGCAGUGCUGUUGAUGGAAGCCCAUGUUCACCUUACCACUGGCUUGCAGUCAAGAGAGAGACUUCUGUUACUUUUCACAGAUUCACUUAUCAUCGCCAAGACCAAGUCUCUGUAUCUAAAGCUGAAGGUUUGUGUUUGCCUAUCAGACAUAUGGCUGGGAUCCUGUAUUUAUUUAAUCACAGAGAGAAAACAUACAUCCAAAAACUCGUUUGUGAUUGGCUGGCCGACCACCAAUUAUGUUGUCACUUUCAGCUCCUCAGAAACAAAGGAAAGAUGGUUACAUGCUCUACAGUGGCACACCUGCAGACUCAGGCAAAGAAUCUUGCCGAACGCCAUUCUUCUCUAUGUCCUGCUGAUCUGCCAUCCCAAUGACAACUGCCCUACGACCGUUGCUGUGGCAGUGGAUGUGAGCACCACUGCGGACAAUGUGGUUCAGUACAUCAUGCAACAGUGCAAACUGCUGGGUGAAGUCUCGGACUACCAGUUGUACGUGAACUAUGAAAAAGAAGAGGAAACUAUCCCCCUUUUUGGCCAUGAGCUUCCAUUCUUCAUUCUGCAUCACUCCCUGAGAAGUCAGCAAGACCAUCUGCACAUGCCCAGUGUGCACCUGCAUGAAGCAUUUAGUGCUUCCCAGCAGACAGAGGCCACACCUAAGACCCCUCACUUCACCCUAAAAACCAGAAUACACCUUCCCAGGGGUGCUGUACUGAAACACAAAAGAAAGAGGUCUCUGAUUGAUUGGGCUCUGAGGAGGGGACACCCUAUCCAGUCAAAAAGCCAUACUGACUCACACACUGCCUCUCACAAAUUAUUUGGCCAGUCUCUCUCAUCCAUUUGUCAUGAUGGAAACCUGCCCAAACCAAUAAUGGACCUGCUGUAUCUUCUGUUCUGUGAGGGUCCAGAGACCUGUGGAAUCUUCCGCCGUUCAGCAAAUGCCAAAAACUGUAGAAUUCUGAAGGAGCAAAUUAAUUCUGGACAAAGUUUAUCACUGCAUGAAGAAUCUGUGUUUGUCUCUGCAUCUCUAAUUACAGAGUUUUUGCGCAAACUGCCUGGGGGUGUGCUGCGCUGUGACUUGUAUGAAGACUGGAUGGAAGUUCUGCAAAGUGAUGAUCAACAGGAUAGACUUAACAGAGUCAGAAGUUUGCUUGCACAGCUGCCAAAAGAGAAUGUUACCUUGCUAUGUCACUUGUUUGGAGUGCUGCACAGGAUACAUUCAUACUCACAGGUGAAUCAGAUGACAGCAACAAACUUGGCCCUCUGCAUCGCACCCAACAUGCUGUGGAGGUCUUGCCAAAUCAGCCCUGAACAAGAGGGACAAAAUGCAUUGCAGAUUGCUGUGCUCAUCCAGUUCCUGAUAGAAAACACGCCUGCCAUAUUUGGGAAUGAUCUGGAGAGUCUCUUCGACAAGCAAAUUAAUUCAGGGCAGGAAACAAAUGACUUCACAGAUGCUUCAUAUCUUCAUCAACACUCCUCUUCUGAUGACACAGAUCAAGACUUCAUCACUUCUCCCCCUCUCUCUCCUGAAGUUCAUCCACUUUUCUUCCCUCUCGCUGCACUUUCUCUUAAAGAGAAGAGACCACGCACCUUUCAUACCAGUAAGCCAUCAUCAGAGGGUACCUACAGCUGUGGAACACUGUAUUCCAUUUCAUCACAUCCCAGUGCUUCUGUGAGCAUGUUGGGGGUUGGGGAACUUAGCCAAUCACAUGAUCGAUGCCUCUCUGAGCCAUCCAUGUAUUUUUUCACACCCAACACACAGGAAACAACUCAUCCUCCUGUUAUCCGCCAAUCUAGCUAUGAUGCUGUGCUAACAAAAAGCCGAAAUGAGCAGUCCCAGGGCUCCAUGAGGUUAAGUCCAGAACAACAGACACAUAAUUCUGGGAUAGGUACAAGACGACGACGUUACACUUUCUGGAAGUCACCGCAAAUCCCCAGCCGAUUUAGGCACCCUGCACAGAGAUUGGCCAGCAUGUCAAGUCUGUCAUCAACUACGACUUCCUCACUCAGCUCAUUGGAUAGCACACUGUCCCUAAACUCUGCCGAUCCAAUCCCCAGCCCUCGAGAUACACAGUCCCGACAUUUUUUGUUCGGAGCAGCUGCUAGACUGCGGCCUCUCACCCCAGAAAUGGCCAGAAAGCGAUGGACAAAUACUUUCACUUACGAAGAGGAACAAAAGGUGGAGAUAUGGAAUGAAAGUGAUCAGGAGACAGAAAAUGAGAUAGAGAGGGGAUUUAAAGGAUCUUUUAAUGACUGUGGUGGAGAGAGAAUUGAGAAAAAUGAAGAGAGACCCGAGAGAGAGGAUAACACGAGCUGUGAAUCAUUCAGUAAUAUCCAUGAGGUUAAAGGUAUACAAAGACAAUGUGUGUCAGAGUGUCUCACUGAGAAUGUUUGCAGCAUGGGAUUUAAUCCUUUAAUGUCAUCUGAUGCAUAUAAGAAAGAGCCCGAUUCUGACCUAAACUCACUGGCAAUCUCACAAAAUCCCAGCAGCGUAUGGACAGUCCCACAGGCAAAGCAGAUUGGUAAUGAGAUACAGGCAUCUGAGGUGACACAAAUACUCAUAAAGACACCCACAGCCAUGCAAAAGCAAAUUAGUACCAAAUUGAAAAACUCUGUCGGUCAACUUCAGCUGGAACGGACAAAUACACGCUCAAACAUGCACAUUUCAGUUGGGCAGAAAAUGAGCCGUAUGAAAAUCACAUUCUUUCCCUCUUCAGGAAGAGUGAUGCUAAAACAUUCCAAGGUCACAAAUCAAACUGAUGACAUUACAAAGAGCAUCCCUGUGGAAAGAGAGCAAGAGAUGGAGCCAGGCUCUUUUGUUCAAAAGGGGGGAAAACAGGGAGACCCGGUUCAGGAGCAUGUCCAAGAAAAACUGUUUUACAUUCAUAAGGUUCCGCAAGUGUUACAUUCUACAUCACCACAGCAAACAUCAGUCCAGGUACAGAAACACUGUACUUCCCCUAAGGAUGUGGGUGUGGCUGAUCCAGGUUUGUCUGGUGGUGGAGAUGUUAGUGUUGUUACCUUAGAUAGAAGUAACAUCAAUGGAGUAAGCUGUUACCCAGAGGAGAGUUUUGUCCAGUGUGUCAAAUGUAUUCAUCUUGACAAGGGUGUUAGUCACAGCGCAAGCAAUUUUGAUGACCUGCACAGACCUGGUAGUGGUCCUGAUACUGCUGGCCCUGCAUUUAGUGUAAGCAGUGGUUAUAGUGUUAACCGCGGUUUUAAGCUCUUUCAUGGUCAUUCUAAGCAGAGCUCUCCAAAGGCCGUUGGCAAAUUCUCAGAAACCUUCCGUGAAACGAUCUGCAUUAAUCUUCCUGUCAAUGUAUGCAGCAGAGGGCCAGCAGAGAACAAGCAAUUACCAUAAAUGAUUUCUUCUGGGUAUGUAAUAUUAAGUGAUAUGGGGUAUGAAACAUAUUCAUAGAAAAGUUUUUAAUCCUUUGCCUCAGUGUAAAAGUGUUUGUUUUCAUAAGAAAAAAGCAUGGUUAUAAAGUAAAAACCACACUGCAAAAAUAAAAUAAAUAAAAAUUUACAGUAAAAAUAUCUAACUCCAAAUUACAUCACACUACAAAUUUACUUUAAACAAAAUUAUGCAAGAUUAUAAAACUUGAGGUCAUUUUUUUACUUGCCACAUUGGUGAAUUGUUUUAAGCAUAAAACUCACAAAAUAUGUUAGAUUUAUGCUUAGAAAAGCAAUUUGCCAAUGGAGUAAGAAAAAUAACACUUCUCACCCUCAUGUAAUCCCACACUCGUAUUACUUUCUUUCUUCUGUGGAGCACACACAGACAGAUUUUGAAUACGUUUUUGAAGGUGUUUCUGUCUAUACAAUGAAGGCCAAUGGGGUCCAAAACUUUCAUGCUCCAAAAAGGACAUAAAGGCAGUAUGAAAGCAAUCAAUACAACUCAAGUGGUUUAAUCCAUGUCUUCUGAAGCAAUAUGACCACUUUGGUUGAGACACAGACCAAAAUGAAAGGCCUUAUUUACUAUCAAUCCUUACUUCCGCAGUCUCCCUGGUGCAUGGUUUGUGGUUUUCAUGCCAAGUUGGGCUAUUUUGAAAAGCCAUGAGUUGGAGACACAGGUUGAUUUUUUGUUUUGUUCUUUUAAAUGCAAUGUUUAAUUGAUGUAUAAUGAAACUGGAAUUGUGUACCUGGCAACCGCUUGAAGCCUGCACUGUGUUCCAAUUGGAAUGUUAAUAUUUAUAGUGAACAAGCAGUUAAAUUUUAAUUGGUUACUCUUCUCAUCAGAAGACUUGAAUUACCAGUUGUAAGUAUUACUUUUAUGCUGCUUUAAUGUCCUUAUUUGAGCAUUAAACUUUUGGACCCAGAAGACCUACAUUGCAUGGACAAAAACUCCUCGUGCUGUAAAUGCUUCAAAGUAUUUAUUUUUUUAUUUUUUAUUUAGUUCUACAGAAGAAAGAUAGACUUACAAGUUUUGGAUGGAAUGAGAGUAAAUGAUGAGAACAUUUUAACUUUUUGGGUGAAAAAUGUCUUUAAGGAUAGUUGUACUGGCAAACAAGAAAAACAAUACUAAUUAAAGGAAUAUUGCAUGUUCAAUAAGGUAAACUCAAAAUUUGUGGCAAAUUCUAGAGGGUUUAUAGUUUAAAAAUGUGAAGCUUAUCAUUACAUAAAAACACAUACUUUAAUUCUUCUGUUAAAACUCAUGUAUUAUUUGAGCUGUAAAGUUUUUAAAUUGUAAUUUUUACAGUCAUUUUAGGGUUUGUUGACAUUACAUUGUCAUGGCAACAAAUUAGAAAAAUGGCUUUACUUUACACAGAAAAGGUUUUUUUUACACAAAAAUCAUAUUAACAUGCAUUGUUUAUGUCUUGUGGUCAUACUUUUGAAAAAGUGAGUAUUUUUACAUUCAAAUUGGCCCCCAUUCAUUUCCAUUGGAAGUGACACAAUGUCACCUCGAUUUUUGUUUUGUUUUUAAAGAAAAGUAGAGCCAAGUCAAAAUAAUUUUUUGUGGUAAUCAAUAUAAUGCCACAAAUGGUGACAAUCAUGCUUAACUUACAUUGAACCUGGAAUAUUCCUUUAAAAUAAGUUUUUGCUGGGCAGUCUUGAACUCAUGCUUGAUCUUGCAUGCGGAUCACUGGUAAAAUCCAUGUUAACGUGAUUUGACUGCAAGAUUUGACUGCAGGGAGUGCCUUUUAAAAGGCUUCUUGAAGAGAGAGCACACAGAGAAGGGCUGCGAGAAAGUGCAUGCUGCUGUGGCUGGGGAUUGUAUGUGUUGGGCAUAUUCUACACUGGUAAAGGAAGAAAAAAAGUGUCUGGAGGCAGAGAGUGGAAAGAAUAAGUAAUUGAUGACAAAUAAAGAUAGCGAGUGAUUGAGAGGAUUUAAUAGGGACAUAAAAGAAGAGUUCAUGCCUGAUAGGAGCAUCUGAAUUUCUAAGCAUGUACAUUAACAUGCACAUGCCAGAAAGUGCAAUUGAACAGGGUUACCAUUACAUUCUUCUAUUGAUGUAGGGCAUGCCAAGUACGUUUAGGGCAAAGUUUUAACAGCAGACAUGGUAAUGUGUUACAAUAUAGUAACCGAGCAUGAGGCAGGAGAAGGUCUUUCUGAAGAGACAGUGGGAAAGUGGAUCUCCCAGGGUAACAGCAUGCUUUGCAUAAAUGCUGUGAAUUCUGAAUUAUAGGGGAACAAUAGAGAGCAGGGCAGAGUGUGUAUGUGUGUGUUUAGAUCUGAGUAUGCAUAGUGAAGGCCCAACAGAAAGAUAUUAGUGGAUAAUUGAAUAAUGUUUUAAAUAAUCACUUUAUAUUUUUGUUUAAAAUGGCUCAGCGCCAUGUUUAUAUAUGUGCAGUAAUAAGGUGAGAAAUAAUAAGCUUCAUGGCCAGUUGUCAGGCCAUAGACUUCCUUCAACAAAUGCUGCCAGAUGUACUUGGAUGUUUUGAUGUUGGAAUAGUUUUUUCAUUUUUUUUAUUUUUUUUUAUUAUUAUUGUUCUGAUAUUAUAUAAUGGAACUGACUGGCUAUUUCUGUUAUGCAGUACAUAUGAAUUCUGUAACUUUUAACAAAUUAAUCUGCUUGUUUUGUAAUUAAAGGAAAUAUUGCUAUAAAAGUCUAUACCAGAUUUAAACAAAUAUGCUCUUGUAAAGCUCAGGUACUUCAGCUUUAUUAACUACAGUACAACUUGAUUAUUUACACAAUUGCAAGACAAUUUUUCCACCAUGCCUAGGAGGUUGGAACCCAACAAGAUCUGAAUGGAAACAUUUUGUCUAGAGAAAAGGGAAAAUGAAUAGAAAAAAUAUAGAUUUCUUAAUAAAUUGCCAGUUUUUCAUUUAAGUUAGUGCCAAUCACCCAUGGUCAUGGCAAAAAUGACAUCUAUUCGAACCAAAAGUGAAGGGAAGUGAACUUAUUAAAAAUAGUUUCCUUAUUUUCACUUAACUGUGAUAUGGGGGGUGGGUGGGGGAUGGAGCUAACUAAUAUAAUUUCCAGAGUUUACUAUUUUAUCCAAAAGUUAUGGAACAUGGAAAUUUACUGCACAGUUAGUAUGAUGCAUGAAAAAUACUUUUUUACUGGUUACUUGGCAAUAGAGCCAGACAAUACUACCAAUACCAAUUAGGCCAGUGAGAAAUAUAAAUCUAAUAAUAAUCAGUUGGCACAUAUAAUUAGUAAUAUGAUCACAUAUGACUUUUGAAAAGUUUGCUUGCAUGUGAAACAUUUGAUCUCAAAUGCAUUCCUAUGAAAGAAUCCUCUAUACAGUGUGUGAAGAUUUAUC